AUGAAGCUGAGCAUUUUCUCUCUUUGUUUCCUCCUCGUUCUUCUUGCCUGUACCUUCGUCUCCACCGAGGCCUUGCGUGGAGGCUUUGGCCGACGUGGAUAUGGCCGGCCAGGCUUCGCCUACCGAGGCUGGAGGGGAGGACGCUGGGGAUAUGGCCGGGGAUUCGGCUAUGGAAGAGGAUUUAGAUAUCCAUUCUACGGAUGA